AUGGACCAAACCCCCAGAGACCUCAUCGCUCCUUAUGCUCACCCUCCUGCUUGUCGCUCCGUAGAUUCGAAGCAAGAUUUAGACGCUCUUAAUCGAUUUACCUCUGGCCGAUGGCUAUGGGGCGAGCAACGGCAGCUUGCGGCCCGUUUCGUUGAAUUCGACUUAAAAAAGCUCUUGGAACUUGCUGCUGCUGCCACUGGAUCACAAUCGUGUGUCCAAGUCAUCAAAAUUUCCGAAGGACAAUACAACAAGGUGUUCCUGCUUACUAUGAAUGAUGGCCGUGAGGUCAUUGCAAAACUGCCAAACCCCAAUGCCGGACGGCCGCAUUUUACCACCGCCAGUGAAGUUGCGACUAUGGAUUUUUUGAGGAAUAUUCUUCAUCUCCCGGUUCCCAAAGUCUAUGCGUGGAGCUCCAGAGCGCCUGAUAAUCCUGUUGGAGCAGAGUACAUUAUCAUGGAAAAGCAGGCUGGCAUGAUGCUAAGUGAUGCGUGGGGAAAUAUGAAAGGGAAACAAAAAGCUCAGAUUGUUAAGCAGGCUGUGGAUAUUGAAAAGACACUUGCUUCAACAAAAUUCACAAAACUUGGAGCUCUAUACUACAAGCACGAUCUACCUUCAUCCGAUAGCGGCACGCCACUGUAUAUCGAUGGAACCGGAAAACAGGUACAUAAUACAGAGUUCGGGGUUGGGCCAACUAAUCAUCGUUCAUUCUUUGAUUUUGGGAAAGGGAAACUAGAUAUUGAUCGUGGACCAUGGUCCACACCUACGGAGUACCUGGCAGCCAUUGCCUAUAGAGAAGCUGCCUGCGUGGAUGCAGGCUUGAGAUACACAGUAAUGCCAGAAGGGCUUUUCUAUGGGCCAAGGCAAUACCAGCCAACUCCAUCUAAAAAACUUUCAGCACUACAAAAUUACCUAAAGGUCGCACCCUAUAUCUUGCCGGAAAACCAGGCGACUCAUGCAUCGGUUUUAUGGCACGGGGAUUUGCAUCUGCAAAACAUCUUUAUUGAUCCUGAAGACCCAACCCAAAUCCGAGGCAUAAUUGAUUGGCAAUCUAUAAGUGCCUGUCCGCUUUUCAUGCAAGUCACUCGCCCCGGGUUUCUCGAUUACAAUGGCCCGGACCCCGGCCAACUUGGGCUAGUUAGCCUUCCUCCUAACAUUGAUUCUAUGACUCUGGACGAACAACUGAAAGCGAAGGAGUUGCACCAAGCCCAGACUCUACAUAAUCUUUAUUUAGCCCUAUCCUGUCAGGUCAAUAAUCCAGCCUUCCAGGCCAUACAGGGCCAAGGUACUCUCCGUCACCAGGUUAGCGUUGUACCAGGCUUGACACUGACGGACUACGAACCGUGUCUCAACAGCUUGUUAAGGGAUGUCGAGGCAGAAUGGCCAAGGAUCGUUGGAAAGGACUCGGAUGAUUUGCCGUUGGUUCCGUUCCCGUUGCGGUUCUCAGCCGCCGAAGUAGAGCAGCAAGAAUAUGACGAGGGGCUAUGGGCUCAAGGCGUGGAGCUUAUGAUCGAGUUUGUUAACGAAACUGGAUGUUUCAAACAUUGGGAUGGUAGGGUCAGCAAUGAGGAUUACGAGAUUUCAAAGAGACAGCUAACUGAGGGCAUUGAGAGAUUUUUAAGCCGUGAGGCUAGGAAUGAGACGGAGCGGGAGGAAUGGCUCAAAGCCUUACCAUUUGUGGAUUGA